CAACGUCACUCGUUAAUUCGAUGUAACUUAGAACGGUUGUGUUCCUACAGGGCUCAUUGUAGUUCGCAACGAAAGCCCUUAACAGUGCCUAUUCAAAUGUAGUCCCCUUGGUGUUGUUACCCCAAAAGCUACCUUCAGAACUUCGAGAGGAUAAUCGAUGAAAACAUCUGUAGCAUUCUACUAGAUUUUUGCCUCAUCUUCGCCCACCGUUGCGAACAGUUCCAUCCCGAUGGGUUGAGUACGCCGACACUACGUGUUUGUGGUCACACCACUGACUUCGGUUAAAGAUAGAAGAUAUAUAAUCUGAAUAGACGUGAUCUAAAUCAGCGGAGGGUAUCCAAUGCUGUCUCCGCAACCAGACGCCGGAGUAACGUCAGGGGCACCGUGAACACUGGCGGUCGACGCACCACUUUGAUGAUCGCUACCCCAUUAGAGAAAAUCACCUACACGCUCUGUCACUUCAUUAUUAUUAAAUUCCUUAAUAUCUUCUUUAUUUUAUAAAUCCAUAUUAUAUAUAUCACCACAAGAAAUGACCAAGAUGCUGAAAGUAGUAGGCGCCUCUUGGCUUCAGACUAAAAUCAGUUCAUAUGUUCUGGGAUUUCUCGGCGUUCUGGCUAUAGUCGCCCUGUUCGUUGGACAGAUGGAGAGAAGUCAAGAAGACGGCAACUAUGCGGCGACGGUCUUCUACUCUGAGAAGACCGGGUACCGCAUCGAGUACUGGGGCCAAAGCAAUAAGCUGGCGGACCUACCUAGAGGGGUCGCCCGCGCUUACUUCAGAAUGGACAUGGAAACAACAGGAUGGUCACUUCUAGAAGUAGAAACUGACGGCACAUAUAGAGACGACAUUCAAGCGUAUGCGGCGGGCAUCGUAGAGGGGGCGUUAACAUCCUACCUCAUACACACACAUCUUGACAACACGGUGCGUGCAGCGUGCGGCAACCAUGCGCGACAGUGCGACAGAGUUAAAGACGAACUUGACAAAUCAGUCAACAUCUGGAAGAGCUACGCAGCUGAGAGAGAAGCCACUGAUCCCUUCUGGCAUCAUGUUUCAUUAUAUUACACACAAAUAAGUGGCAUGUACACUGGCUGGAAACACGGCAGCGAACGUAAUGCCAACACGAAAUCUGACACGGAUAUAUCGGAACUCUAUUGGCUGAACUCUAUGGCUGAUGUGGUUGAGCUGCAGCGCAAGAUGAAUGUUACCAUAGACAAUCCAGCGAACCAACUGCCAGGACUCUCUAGUGCAUUCCUAAGGGUAGUCAACGAAACAUUAGAGAAUGGAACAAUUACAAAGAGAAUUUACCUCGCGCAUAAUACAGCAGGGAGUUAUUCAUCAAUGACGCGUAUUUUAAAGAAGUACAAGUUGAACUAUCACAAGACAUCAUCUGACGACGCCGCAGUCCCCGGACUGUCGGUGGAAUUCUCCGGGUACCCGGGCUCUGUGACCAGUCAGGAUGAGUUCUACGUCAUCAGGGGAGACAACCACAGGAUGGCGGUCGCGGGAACCACGCUUAGGAAUUACAAUAAGAAGCUGUGGAAGAGCAUUAACAUCACAGAACAGUUGCCGGUUGGCCCCCGUGUGUCGGCCGCCAACAAGUUGUCGGCGAACGUGAGCGCGUGGGGCCGCACGCUCGCCGCGCACAACUCCGGCACCGCCACCCGCCAGUGGCUGGUCGUUGACUUCGCGCACUUCCACCGCCACCAGGGGAAGCUCAAGGACAAGACGGAGAUCGUCACCGAGAUCACUGUUAACAAGGAUGUAAAGCACACUAUUAUCCACCGCUGGGGAGGGCGCGGGGGGCGCGAGGGUCGCGGCGGGCGCGGCGCCGCCUGGCUGCUGGAGCAGGCGCCGGGCCGCACGCAGUCCGCAGACCUCACCGCUGCGUUGCUCGACAACCACUACUGGGCCACAUACGGACUGCCUUUCUUUAAGGACGUAGCAGAAUUAACACACGUGACGAAAAUGGAAGCUAUGUACGGGAAAAUGUUCUCAGAAUCGGAAUCUCCGCGUGCAGUGACUUUCAAGCAGGGCUACAAGAACGCCACGACACUAGACAGCAUCAUACAACUAAUGCGCAUGAACAACGUCACCGCGCUCAACGACAAUGAAACCAAGCUUCCAGAAUGUUCCGAAGAACGAAACUGCAUACUAGAGGAAGCCGGUUUAUGGUCCGCGCUCGGAGUUCGAGGAGAUAUUGUUAAACGACAUCAAGAAGCGUACGGAGUUAUUGAUACGAAAGUCGUUAGUGGUACAACAGACGGCGAUAGCUUAGAUCUUGUCGCGAUAUCAAGUCCUCCAUUCACGGAGCCACAAAAACUGAAUCAAACUGAGAUGAAACUUAACAAAGGAAACCUCGCCUCCAUAUAUACUGAUGCGUUUGACGAUGAACCAACAAUAAACGGUCUACAAAUACGAGAUCUCGUUAAACAAAAAGCCGAAGAGGAAUUAGAAAUGCUUAACAAAGACACUUUACAACCCUUCCAAUGGUCGGAUAGUUCGUUUAAUGAUAUCACACACGAGGGUUUACCCGACAAAUGGGCUUUUGGCCCUUUCAAACCACAAUGGUCCUGGUGAAUCUCAAAAUCGCAAACACUCAAAAUAAGACAUGUACUUACCAACUGUACUUAAUUUUUGUUAACUGUACCUAAAAAUCAAUUUUAAUGUUCUAUUUCUAAUUUUUUUAACACAUGUUGUUGGAAGUUGGAAGCAUUAUGGCCUGAUUACGAUCUAAAGAAAUCCCAGUAAAUAAUUGGCCUUAUCAACGAUUUAUAUGAACUGCAUUCAGCCUUACGUUUAUUUAAUAAUCUCUCUAAUUCCAAAUCUCUACUUAAAUUCAACCUACGAUAGGUUUUGUAUUUUUUUAUAACUCUAUAGGCAAAAAUUAUGUGUUGAUAAUUUUUAUAUACUUCCAUCCAUCGUCUUAAAAUUAAAUCGUGAGUUUAUGUUCUAUACAUUUUAUUUAUUCGUCACAAAGUGUCUAUAUUUACUGUUGUUUUGUCGUAUGCAUUAAAUAUUUUUUACAACUUUAUUUAUAACUGAAAUGAAAUAUAAUAAGAAUGAAGUGACUUAAAAUAAAGGAGGCAUAUCGAUUUUGCUCUCGAAAUAAAUUAAUUAUAAAAA